CCGGUGCUCUACAAUCGGGGAGGCCCGGGGUGCCCGGCGGGCAGCCAUCCCGCGGGAAGGGGCGUGAGCGGGGCGGGGCUGGAACGUCUUUCUCCGGGGCCGCGCCCCUGGCAGGCGUAAUCACCCGCCGCACGGAUCAUGGCUGCAGCCGCACUGGGGCAGAUCUGGGUCCGAAAACUUCUCACUGUCCCUUGGCAUCUUUGUGGUCCUAGGAGAUAUGCAUCCUCCAGUUUCAAGGCUGCAGACCUGCAGCUGGAAAUAACGCAGGAGCCUCAUAAGAAGCCUGACCCCAGGAAGCCCCUGGUGUUUGGGAAGACAUUCACUGACCACAUGCUGCUGGUGGAAUGGAACAGGAAGAAUGGCUGGGGCCAACCUCGAAUCCAGCCCUUCCAGAGCCUCAUGCUGCACCCGGCCUGCUCUGGCCUCCACUACUCUGUGCAGCUCUUUGAGGGCAUGAAGGCGUACAAAGGCAGAGACCAGCAGGUGCGCCUCUUCCGACCCUGGCUCAAUAUGGACCGGAUGCUGCGCUCAGCCCUGCGCCUCUGCCUGCCGAGUUUCGACAAGGUCGAGCUGCUCGAGUGCAUCCGUCGGCUCAUUGAACUAGACAAGGACUGGGUUCCUGACGGCACCGACAGCAGCCUCUAUGUGCGGCCUGUGCUCGUGGGUAAUGAGAUGUCGCUGGGUGUCAGCCGUGCCACGCAAGCCCUCCUAUAUGUCAUUCUCUGCCCCGUGGGCUCAUACUUCCCUGGAGACUCCAUGACCCCUGUCUCCCUCUUGGCAGACCCAACAUUCAUCCGGGCUUGGGUGGGUGGGGUCGGCAACUACAAACUGGGUGGGAAUUAUGGGCCCACAGUGUUAGUGCAAGAGGAGGCGCAAAAGAAGGGAUGUGAACAGGUUCUCUGGCUGUAUGGGCCUGACCACCAGCUCACCGAGGUGGGCACCAUGAACAUCUUCAUCUACUGGACCCACGAGGAUGGGGUGCUGGAGCUGGUGACCCCCUCGCUGGAUGGAGUCAUCCUGCCUGGAGUAGUCAGACAGAGUCUGCUGGACCUGGCUCAGACCUGGGGAGAGUUCCGCGUAGCAGAGCGCAGGAUUACCAUGAAGGAGUUGCUGCGGGCCCUGGAGGAGGGACGGGUACGGGAAGUCUUUGGCUCAGGCACCGCUUGCCAGGUCUGCCCUGUGCACCGAAUCCUGUACAAAGGCAAGCACCUCCACAUUCCCACCAUGGAAAAUGGACCUGAGCUUAUCCUCCGCUUCCAGAAGGAGCUGAAGGUGAUCCAGUACGGAACCAGCGCCCACGAGUGGAUGUUCCAGGUGUGACGCUGCGGGAUGUGCCCGACCGCUCGUCGGAUCUGCCGACCUGCAGCAUCCAGUCCUGCCGGCCCUCGCCUCUAUACCAAUGACUCACCUGAAGUGCAAUAUGAAACAGAAGGCCGCGGGACUGGACGCCUGGGCCUCGGGCGCCCCCACGUGGUCGCUACACUCCCAAAGCCGUGAGGGCCCGACCCAGACGUCUUCGCUCCCAGCCCUGCAUCUCGGGCAUCAGACCCCCCUGCUGCUCCAUGCUAAAGAUGCGCCUGGAGCUGACUCCGCAUCUCUCCGUUCUUAGGCUGGACUCCCCGGUGCUGCCAUUGCUCCCCCCCCCCUCUGUCCUUGCAGCAAUUUUGAAAUAAAAUGCCAAAGAACAAGACAUUAGCUGUCAUCUCCAGUGAUGCAACUCGGGAACCUUGGAGUCUUAAGCCAGGAGUUCUAGUCCUCAGCCCAUUUUAUUUUCAAGGACCCAGUAAUUCGAGCCGCUAGUGUCCAGGCGGUUUCUCCAACCUGGGAGAGCUUUCUAUUUCACUUACACUGAGCUUAGUAUCUUCCCUACUAACCUCCUCCUCCCCAUCUUAGGGACAUUUCCACCGUAUACCCAGACACUAGGGCAGACCCCUCAGCAUUGGGGGGUCUCAAAGCCCAGCAGUCCCCAAGCCCUGUUCCUCUUGCCUCCUGAUUCUGCUGUCUGUUCCCUCUUCUUUGUCCCCCCAGCCCUGGCUUCAGCUCAAGUCUUGUCUUUUGCCUACACCCCUGUCCCAGCCUCCUCUCUGGCCUCCUAGCCUCAAGUCUGUCCCCUGCCUGGCCCCAAAGGGGUCUUUCUACACCCAGAGCUGGCCCUGCCCCUCCCAUGCUCAUAGCCCUCCCAUGGUGUCCCAGUACCCUCAGCCAGUACUGCAGAUGGUGUGCCAUGGUGGGUCU